GGAUCCAGCCCCGGAAGUGAGCGGCUGUGGGCAGGUCCCUUGAUUUUCCCUUUUCCGGCAGGUCCCCAUGGACGCGUUGGGGAAGCUGAAGCAGUUCGAUGCCUACCCAAAGACCCUGGAAGACUUCCGGGUCAAGACAUGCGGCGGGGCCACAGUGACCAUCAUCAGCGGUCUCCUAAUGCUCGUGCUUUUCCUGUCUGAACUGCAGUAUUACCUUACGGCCGAGGUUCAUCCUGAACUCUAUGUUGACAAGUCCAGGGGCGACAAACUGAAGAUUAACAUUGAUAUUUUCUUCCCACAUAUGCCCUGUGCCUAUCUGAGUAUUGAUGCCAUGGAUGUGGCUGGGGAGCAGCAGUUGGACGUGGAACACAACCUAUACAAACAGCGUUUGGACAAAGAUGGUCACCCUGUAACCACAGAAGCUGAACGUCAUGAGCUGGGGAAAGAGGAGGAAAAGGUGUUUGACCCCAGCUCCUUGGAUCCUGAGCGCUGUGAAAGCUGCUAUGGUGCCGAGUCUGAGGAUAGCAAGUGCUGUAACACAUGUGAAGAUGUGCGGGAGGCAUACCGACGGAGAGGUUGGGCCUUCAAGAACCCAGACACCAUUGAGCAGUGUCGACGUGAAGGCUUCAGCCAAAAGAUGCAAGAACAGAAGAAUGAAGGCUGCCAGGUGUAUGGCUUCCUAGAAGUCAACAAGGUGGCCGGGAACUUUCACUUUGCACCUGGGAAGAGUUUCCAGCAAUCACAUGUGCAUGUCCAUGCUGUGGAGAUUCAUGACCUGCAGAGCUUUGGACUAGACAAUAUCAACAUGACUCACUACAUUCGACAUCUGUCUUUUGGGGAAGAUUAUCCAGGAAUUGUGAACCCACUGGAUAAUACCAACAUCACUGCCCCCCAAGCCUCUAUGAUGUUCCAGUACUUUGUGAAGGUGGUGCCCACAGUAUACAUGAAAGUGAAUGGGGAGGUGCUGAGGACAAAUCAGUUCUCUGUGACAAGACAUGAGAAAGUUGCCAAUGGGCUGAUUGGGGACCAGGGGCUUCCUGGAGUCUUCGUGCUGUAUGAGCUGUCGCCCAUGAUGGUCAAACUGACAGAGAAACACAGGUCCUUCACACACUUCCUCACUGGUGUCUGUGCCAUCAUUGGAGGCAUGUUCACAGUCGCUGGACUCAUUGACUCCCUGAUCUACCACUCUGCCCGAGCCAUCCAGAAGAAAAUCGAAUUAGGAAAGGCAACAUAAUCACAGGAGCUGCAUGACCCCAGCCGUAUCUUACUCGGGGCCCUUGGUCUCCCAGUGUGUGAAUUCCUAGUUGUGGCCCAGGCCCUCCCCAUCGUGAAUGCUGUCCUUAAACUAUAAGACUUGUUCUGCCCUCCUGACCCUGCCCCCCCAAGAGUUGGUAAAAUUGUGUGUUGUGAUGGUAUUGAAGUCUAAGUGUAUCUUCCCCCCCACCUCAAUAAUUCUUUGCCUCAACUCCCCUGCUGGUCCUGUGUCUCAAAGGAGGUUCCCUCCUGGUCUUUCCUUUUAUAUUCCCACAUAACCCAGCUCUUCUGUAUACUGGAAUCACCUGCCAGAGGUCAGAGCAAUGUGAACCCCUUCCCAGAGAUGCUGGUAUCCCAAAUUUCACCCCUGCCUGGCCCUACCUGGCUCCUUCCAGAGGCUGGGAGAGGAACUGAGCUUGGAAGAGUGGCUGAAACCAGCUGCCAGUAUGGGCAUUAGCAA